AUGGCCGAAUUUCAGGAUGCCGUUACCAAACUGGUACAAGAAUCACUGGCAGCGACACCAUAUGCCUGCAAAAGUCUUAUACCACUUUCCGGGGGUAGUUCAAAUUAUCUUUACCAUGGAACUUUAAUGAAAACUCUUCCUGAUGGUACCACUGUUGUGAUAAUUAAGCACACUGAGCCUCAUUUGUUUUCCAACAAAAAUUUCAAACUAACUACUACCCGAACUUCCGUUUCUUACAAUAAUAUCACAAUUUCUACCCCCAAACUCCUCUAUUAUGACGCUGGCACCAAUACACAGGUCCACAACCAUCACCCCUCUCCAACUUGCACAAACCUCAAGUCUUAUGUUCUGAAAUAUCACGCUGCCAUAACUCCCUCAAUCGCCUCCGUCAUCGGCUGCUCGCUUGGAAACUGGCUUAAGAAAUUCCAUAGCUGGGCCAACUCUCCAGCACAGAGUGAAGUGCGAGAAGUUAUGGAGGGGAACCAUGCUAUGAGGACUCUGAAGCUGGCGAUUAAUUACACGAAUCUAGUUACGAUGAUUCAUAGCUUCCCAAAAAUUCUAGGAGGGAGUAGAGAUGUGUUUGAAAAUGUGGAGAAGGAAAUGCUCGCAUGGAUAAACGGGGGUGGAGAGGGGACCAGGGAGCUAAUUCACGGGGAUUUCUGGUGUGGAAAUGUUCUUUUACCAGACACACUCCUGUCCUCCAGCAUACCAGCAGCCAUCUUCAUAACUGACCACGAACUAUCGCAUCUCUCGACCCCGAUCUUUGACCUAGCUCAGAUGUGCGCGGAACUGUUCAUGCUCACAUUUUUCAAAUCCAUUCCGGCAGGCAAAGAAAUUCUUACUGCAUUCAUAGAAGGCUAUGGAUCAAUCGAAGAGGAUAAGCGAUGGAGGAUGUUGAUCUACAUUGGAUGUCACUUAACAUGCUGGGGAUCCAGGACUGCGGGUUGGGGAACAUUAGAACAAGUAGAGGCGUGUGUGAAGCUCGGUCGAGAUUUAGUAAUUAACGGCUGGGAGAAAAAUAGAGAGUGGUGUACGAGGGAGGGGUGGGCAUUUUUAAUUGAAGAUUACGAUUCAUAA